AUGCCUCCCAAAGAAAAGACCGCGCCCGAGUCUGCGCCCUCCGACGAGAUUACCGGCCAGAGCGCUCUUCCCAUCUCCCGAAUCAAAAAAAUCAUCCAGCUAGACGAGGAUAUCGUGCAAUGUUCCAGCAACGCCACCUUCGUGAUCGCAAUGGCUACCGAAAUGUUCAUCCAAUACCUCACGGAACAAGGCCACAACGUGGUCAAGUCCGAACGAAAACCGCGCAAGAACAUUCAAUACAAAGAUCUCGCUACGGCCGUAUCGCGAAUCGAUAACCUGGAGUUCCUCGCCGACGUCAUCCCCAAAACGACCACCUACAAACAGUUCAAGGAAAAGCGAGCCGAGGAAGCUACCAAGGAAGCCGAGUACGAGAAGGGACAGCGCACGAUAAACGGCGCCCUACCUGCGGCGGAGCCGACGAAUGGGGAGGCGGAAGAGCCGGAGCACGUACCGUCGGAGGAGAAGCUCUCGAAGAGUCCUCGAGCGCCGACGGUCAUGCAUGCGUCGGGGGCUGUCAGUACGCUGGUGGUUGAUCGCACGCAGAAUGGGACCCAAGACGGGGACGUGGAGAUGGUCGAUGGAUGA